GUAGAAAUUAGAGAGGUAAGGAGGUGCUAGGGUGUGAAUGGAAGCCCCUUGAAAUCCAUCUACAGGGAGAUGGUGGAGCUUGUGAGAACUGGGAUGAUGGGCAGGCUGAGUUUGGUGCAAAUGCAGAGUGUUGAAUAAGUUGAAGCUUGAGGAUGGUGGAACUCAGGAGACCAGUGAAGAUGGCAUUUGAAAGGUCUAAGUGGGAGAUAACAAAGGAACGGUUUUAAGAUUAAUCUUAAUUUGGAUUGUUACAAUUUGUGUAUUUUCCCUGAGCUGAGCUCGGGAGUGGGAAAUGGUCAAAAGUUUUGAAGAAGGGUUUCCAGAGCAUGUAUGUUGAGAGAAGGGUUCUGGGUUUAGCUAUGAAUACCCUUUUUGUUCCAAUAGUCUGUCAACAUGCUUCCAAGUGAAGAAUAUCUAGUUAUGGGGGUUAACACCUUCAGGAGAAGGGUGGGGGGAAUAAAGGGCAAAGAUAUUGCAUCUCUUAAGUAAUUGUUUAUGUAUUGCGCUUUCUGUAUAUAGGUAUGUGGGGACAUCCAUGGACAAUUCUAUGACCUCAAAGAGCUGUUUAAAGUUGGAGGAGAUAUUCCCGAAACUAACUACUUGUUCAUGGGAGAUUUUGUGGACCGAGGCUUUUACAGUGUUGAAACAUUCUUGCUGCUAUUAGCACUAAAGGUACGGUAUCCAGACAGAAUCACACUGAUCAGAGGAAACCAUGAAAGCAGGCAGAUUACACAGGUGUAUGGCUUUUAUGAUGAAUGCCUUCGUAAAUAUGGAUCGAUAACAGUAUGGAGAUAUUGUACGGAAAUCUUCGACUACCUUAGCCUCUCAGCGGUUGUGGAUGGAAAGAUCUUCUGUGUACACGGAGGACUAUCUCCAUCAAUACAAACUCUAGACCAGAUUAGAACAAUAGACAGGAAACAGGAAGUACCACACGACGGCCCAAUGUGUGACCUUUUGUGGUCAGACCCAGAAGAUACUACCGGCUGGGGCAUCAGCCCGCGUGGAGCUGGCUACCUUUUCGGCAGUGAUGUUGUGGCCCACUUCAAUGCAGCUAACAAUAUAGACCUGAUCUGCCGUGCUCACCAGCUGGUGAUGGAAGGCUACAAGUGGCACUUUAAUGAAACUGUUCUAACAGUGUGGUCAGCACCCAACUAUUGUUAUAGGUGUGGGAAUGUGGCCGCGAUACUGGAACUAGAUGAACAUCUGGAGAAAGAAUUUACGAUCUUUGAAGCAGCACCGCAGGAAUCACGAGGGGUGUCCUCCAAAAAGACAGUGGCUGAUUACUUCCUCUGAAAGAACUCUUGCUUUCUGCCUGGAACCUCACUUUAAACACUGAACCUGCCUGGAACUAUUUUUGGUGGUGGGGGGAGUGGGGGCAGGGGGAGGAGGGCACCAAAAUAUACAGUAUUUGAAACCUAUCUUUACUUUCCCAAAGACACGAGGCUAGGCAAAUCUGAGCAUCUUCUCAUCUAGGAUGCUGUAGAUCCUUCUCAACAACGCUGAGCACAUCUGGGGCUGUCGCAAAUUGUCUCGUCAUUCUCAUGGGCUUCUUUGUAACUGAUACAGAUGAGAAAGUACAGCUCAUCCAGUGGUCACUUGUAGCAACGCUGAAGAAACGUUUUGCCAACUAGUGGCUGCUAACUACCCUGGACACGUACUAGCCAAAGUAGGCUUUUUUUAAAAUCCUUGUUUACUAUGAACAUUUGCCAGGAUACAUGUUUAUUAGAAUAUGCUGUUAACACUAGGUUUUAUUUUUACAGCAGGAACUAGCCUGGAAGAGCAAUACCAAUGAGAAGUCUUUAGAUACAUUCCUGGUACAUCUUUCAGAAUACAAAUUCAUAAAGAUUUCCUCAACUGCCCCAGUCUUAAAAAAAGUGUGUGUUGUACCUUGUUUGGUGAUUCCUUUUAACAACGCAAUUUUUCGGGUUUGAACUAAAUCUUGAGCUCACUCCUUUUGCCCACAUGUGAUCAACUGAAUCAUUGGAUCACAUAGGUUGAGGAAUGAUUUGCGUUCUUGUCGUGUGUAAUACUGCUAUUGAGUCAGCCCUGACAUUUUGCACUCUCUCUAAGAGGAACCUCCUUUGUUUCCUUGCACAUCUCAACUGAGACAGUUGCGCACAGCAUGAAAUAUCUAGGCACAACCGUAAACAUUAAAUACCAUUGACAAAACUUGGUGCUUAAUGUCAAGCACAGCUGGGACGGUGAGACGUUUUUAACCCGUUGUUGUUAAUCCACAGUUUCUAUAACCACCAGUAGGAAUAAGUAUUUAGUAAGGCAAACCCAAAGUUGCAUAUUAGAUUCAAUGCAUUGAAAUCAAACCUCCAGAGGGGGUUGUGCUGAACACUGGUGUAAGAGCUUAGUUAUUCCCAUUAAAGCCAAGUCCCUGCUGUUGAUACAAAUCUCCACCCAGGCUUUGGGCAUCUCUUGAGCCAUGAUGUUUCCUGCCACUUCAGCGUUUAAUCAUUCCCAUGGUGCCAGUCGCUGGUUAGUUUGCCCAAAGGCAAUGGUAGUGACCAAAUUCUUCAAUCAGAAAUGCAAUUGUUUAUUGUCUAUUUUUAAAAGAUGAAAUGUUGAAGGUUUUGCAGACUGUGAACUUGGGUGUGUAACAAUUGGAAUAACUGAUAUUGGUAUCCAUCAACUCGUGUCUAUUCACUUGCGAUGUUUAAUGAGUUGGAGCUAAAAAUGACCAAAGUAUUCAUUGUUUUGACUCUACUUAAGCUAGCUCAGAUCUCCUAGUCUUGACAGUUUUCUUGUCCCCUUUUUUUAAAUAAAUCAGUGGUAAGGGAGAGUUAUCGCAUUCAAGCUUUGUUUUAAUAAAACAGGUGCUGGUGAUGCUGGGAGGCUGAGCAGAGGUGAAACCUGAAUUGAUAUACACAGUAGAUGUUGUCACCUUGGAUCUCUUUCAAACAAUAAUGGUGGGGUAAAAUCUUAGUGCUACAUUUGAUCUGUAAAAAGUACCCAGCAGUGCAAUUAUAGAUUUUUUUUCCACUUCCAGAUUAGAGUUGUGUCUGGAGAGGAAGUUUUGAGCUGCCUCUGGUGGGCACCAACUUGUUGUGGGUUUGGUUUGAGAUGAAGAAUAUAUCGCACAGAACAGGUUUCUCUCUGGGUCUGGGGAAAAUACUAACAGUUUGAUUAAUAGUACUUUUUCUUGCUACCUGGCUCAAUAACUGCAUUGAUCCAUCUCUGGCCUCUCGAGAGUUUAUCAGCAGUAAAUGGUGCCAAGUAUAAUUUUAAAAAAACAGCUAAAACAAUUUAAAAAAUUGUUUUUAGCUUUUUUACUUUUACAAUGUUUAUUUAUUCUCUACAUAAAACCAAAGUUGUGUUGAAAUUAGUUGACAGUAUAACUGGGGAGCCCUGGCUGUCAGUAUAACUGGGCUCCCCAGUUAUACUGUAUUUGUGUAAUGCACACCACUUCAGGCUGCAGGUUAUAAACACAUUAUAUUACUUUAGGUGCUGUCCAGCUCAGUGGACUCUCCUGACUGAAACUAUACAGUGCAUAAUGAAAAUAGUACAUUGGAAUAAGGAGUAUAAGCAUAAGACUUAAACUUUGGAAACUGUGUGAUUCUUUAGCCCGAUACCGUUUAGUCCUACUAGUGUUUUAUUUCUUCAUUUCUAGUCCCACCUCUCUGGUAAUGUUACUGCUUCAAGUUGUUAGAAUUUAAGCAGAUGAAGCUGUGGUGGCUUAUCCUUCCAUCUUCCCCAAUGGCCCAGUUAAAUCAGCAACAGGUCGACAAUUGCAAGCUGGUCUCCCAGUGCGUCUUUGUACAUUGAGGUCGUUGUAUUUACACCACAAUUUAUUUCUAGUUCAAAGUGUAAAAUGACACCCGUCUACACUAGGCAGAAGCUGUUAUGCCUCUUUUAAGAUUUGCUGUAAGCGCAGGUUUUCUAUUUAGCGAGGAGAAUUCCUGUGCUGCUGGCUGGGGUUCUCAGUUUGUGGUUGUUUUGGUAGCAUCGCAUUUGAUCAAAAUCUAAAAUCCCAAACAUAAUUAACAUGUAAUGUCUGAUGACCUUUAAUAGUUUUCUUAUAAUAAUUGGAAAGUUUUUCUUAAAAAAUGCUGGUGUUCAUCUUUAGUGUCUGAAUUGUUGGAUUGGCUGACCCGAUGACUCAGUGGGGCUCCCAUGUUGUAGAUUGAAUUGGCAGCCAAACAUACUGAAAGAAGAGUCAGAUAAUUCAGAUGUACCUUCUGGAUUAGAAACACUGGAUUUUAAUUCAAGACCCAUGAACAUUUUGCUUUUAAAAUGGCCGCUGUUAAUCGGAGGCAACAUUAUCAUAAACAUCUCAACUCUUAGAGAUCCAGUAUCUCUCUCUAAGCCUGAUGCAUGUGCUAAAAAUCUCUUAAAACUGUUGCCUGAAGCAGGUUUGAAUCAAAUAAUAACUGGUUAUUCAUUUCUAGUCAUGAUGGGCUCAAUUGUUUUAUUGACUUUGUGGCAAGCAAAGUGACCUGGGGAGGAAAAUGGUUGUAUGUGUGAGUGAAUGACUAUCCACAAUUUGACUCGUUUGAGGCUACUCAUCCUUUAAUAUUCUACAUGGAAUUGUUAGUGCUUUUGAAGUACUGCUGCACAAUCGAUUAAAGGGUGCUACUGUGAGCUAGCUGUCCGUGUGCUAAUCAAGAGUUCUGUGCCCAGGAGAGAGGUUUUGUUCUGAUUGUAAACAGCCAUUUGUAAGGAUACACGGAUACCUUGUAAAUGCUACAAUGUGAAACUAAAGAAAUCUGAAUUUUGUUUUUUCACAUUCUUCAGUGAAAACUUCAGGAGUUGCCAAUUUUUUUUUAGUUUUUUUAAUCCAUUUAAAGAAUUUUGCAUAAAUUAGCAGUUUUUUUUUCCAAUUGGAAAAUGCUGUUAUUUUUGUAGUAACUUGUAUUAUGUUUUUCAUUAAGAGUAUUAUUUUCUUCCGCUUAAACUUGCUGGAAAUCUGUACCGUGGAGCCAGAACUUUAGGAAAAUAUGAACAGGACCUGCUAUAGUACUGUAUUUGAUUAAUUCUAUUUAUAAAUUCAUUAGAAGUUCCUGGGUGGGAAUUUGACCCAUCAACCAUAUGAUUUAGCAAAACCUGGUUUUAAAUAAAGUUUUAAUAUUAUGA